UCGUAAAAUUCAGAACAAUUAAAUUCUUUAUAAUUGUAUUUAACCAUUAAUAAACUUUUUACCGAAUCAACAGUAAAUCUAUUUCUUCCAUCAGUCCAUUGAGCGUUCAUCAUACUGAAAACUCUUUCUACGUUUGCAUUGUGGCUCGAUAGUUGUGCAGAACCUCUACGCAUAAUCGGUAUUAGCGCUCGCGGCGCUCAAAUGCUGUGAGUGAUAAUAACAUCACCGAAGUCUUGCUCUCUGGUCAUUAUCGACAAAGUAUAAUUAACAUUACGAAAAAAAGAGUAUAUACAAGAGUACGAUACGUAAAAAGUAGAGAGUACUCUUUUCACCAUCUUAAAAAGAGUACAUAUGGUCACCCUACACGCGAGUGAGGUGCAUGCGCCGACCCUGAGCGCUACAAAAGCGUUUAUUCAUUAACUUUAACACGUUCUCCUGCAAAAACUACUUGUUGGACGCAAUUUUGCUAAAGGAAAAAGUUAUUUAUUUUAGCGUAAAGUAUCAUGUCCUGUACUCUGAAUGCAGGAAUUUUGGAUCACUCUGUAUAAAUAUUUUAUAUGAAGUUAGUCACUUGCGUUUUUUUACAUUGGUGGUUACUUCUGACGGAAAAAAAAUGAAAUUGGUUAACUCAAUGAUACCAUUCCAUUCUUCAAGAAAUACAGCGCUAUUUGUCCACGCCGCGUAUUAAAUCGAUAAAUGUGGUUUCCUAAGCGUACGUUCAGACAACAUCGCUUAAAUUGAGAAAAUGUGCAUGCUGCUAUCAUGUGCAAAUAUGUUGCUCAACUGUAUAUUUUUAAACGUGUGAAUGUUUGAUAUAUUAUUUAAAUUGUGAAAUAUUGAUAGCAGUACAUUCAUAUUGCAACGUGCUUUUUCCUUAUCUUUUUAUUGUAAAUAUUUAUAGCAGGAGAUGUCCGAUAAUGCGAGUCAACAUGAUUACUUGACUAAUUCGCUACAUAUUACGCGACAAGUAAUCGAGAAAACGCAACCGUGUCUUGGACUGGAACAAAAAGAUGGUGACGCAAAGGAACCUUUUUGCUUUUCUCAAGCUGAGAAUGAAUGUUCGUCAAAGUCCGACCAUACAAUAGUAUCGAAUGAUUCAUUGGCUCCUGGCAAAGUAACUUGUUCCCUUAAAAAUGGGAUUACAGGAUUGAGGCCUGUUACAAAUCAAUAUUCCAUAGUUCUCUUUGGACCCAGCGAAUGGCGGACGCACAAUUUGAAUAUUUUGCAACAAUCAAACGAGAAGAUCUCCGAUGCUCAAAUCACAGCCAACUGCGCAAGACAAUGCGUGGAGCAAUCUUACAAAGCUGUUGACAAAGCGCAACUAAAGGCAACAGAUCAUUUGAAAACACGUGCUAAAUUGGUGUACCGUCAUAAAACAGAAUUAGAGCAUGCGAUCUCUGCCAUUACUGAAGAGAUAAGAUUGGUAGAAGCUGAACGUCGUCGUGUACAUCAAUCUUUAUCAGUACUGACUAUACCUACAUCUAUCGCAGGCGAGUUUCUGCAAUUACGAUGUUCUCGCCUGGAGUCGGAUCUUGUCCGUGACGAUGUAGAAGAACAACUCGUCAAGGAAAUAGCGCUUUGUGCUGAGAUACGAGAUUUGCUAAACGGAAUUCUCGAGCAAAUCAAAUUGCAGAUGGUUGAACUGAAGACUGUCAAAGCACGAUUGGAGAACGAUUGGUCUGACAAAAUAUGUGCUUACGAUAUAGAAUCUGUUUCGGUGAAUUCAUCAAACGAUUCUUCACAGAUAAUGUGGAGAGCCGGAUCUACAAGAAUUCCUGCUAUACAAUCAACACCUACAAGCUACGAGCACUUUACGCAAGAAGUAUUAAAUGCCAGCGAGACUGCCCGACAGAAAUCAGUUAACCUAAGGUCAACUUUAAAUGAAAUGUAUAUCCAUUCGAUUAAAGAUCUGCGAGAUCAAGCUACUCGCGUUGACAUUGUACUCGAGGAAAAAGUGAAACUUACACAAGAUGUUCUUCGUCAAUUACAGAUCGAAUUACUUCGCUGUUUGCAGGAACUAACAAAUACAGAAAAAUUGAUUGAAGAACUCCGGGAUUCGACAAAAGGAUUGAACAAUGCCAUGAAAUUAGCACAGACAAGAUUGGACAAUAGAUUGUUUCGACCCAAUGUUGAGAAUUGUCGAGAUAUGCCUCAAUUAACGCUCAUCGAAGAAGUAAAAUCUCUCGGCGAACGUAUCUCUGCUGUGUUAGCAGAGUUAAAAUGUGCCGAGGAAUCUCAAACAGAACUAAUUAAAACAAGGAAUAUUCUGGAACAUGAGAUAAUAGUAAAACAAAAGACUUUGUACAUAGAUAAAGAACAGGGUCAGCUAUUGCGUUCUCGUUAUCCUUCUGCCACAGCUUUAUCUGGAUAUUUGUAAGAUGUUUAGAUGCACAUGCACUAUGUUAUGUUAAUUAGUUAAAAACUUGGCAUAUCAAUCAAGCAUAUUUUACAUUUAUUUGUUCUUUGCAAUACUGAGUUAUCAAAUAAAAUAUAUACCAUGUAAAUUUUAAACUUAAAACACAGAAUUUCGAUAA